AUGGAGGACGACAGUGAGGUAAAAAUGCAAGAUAUAGUUUUAUUGGAUAACAAAGAUCAAGAAAAUACUACAAGCAACAAAAAAAAAAGAAGCACUAUCACAGCUACAAAUCUCUAUAAAGAUUGUAUAAAGGGAGUUGCACAGAAAAAAUUGAUUCGACCUUCAAUUUCUCCAGUUACAUCAUCUAAUACACCAUAUGUUUUGCAAACAUUGAAAAAAUAUUAUGAGCAAAUGAUGGAAAAUAAAGAACAAACAAAGAUCAAUUUGGAAUGGAUUGACUUAUCUAGUAGACUUCAACAGACGUAUACAAUAUAUAUACAAGAGAAGAGUAAAACAUAUGUAUUUGAAACUGAAAAAAAUAAAACUAUUAUUAAUAUUUUAAAACAAUCUAUUCCUGAAGAUCAUAAUUCGGAAAAAAAUGCGUUAGAAAAGGGUUUAUGA